CACCCUGCCAACUGCAGUCGGCCAGUUUCGGUGGCAGAAGAGGCCACAUCUGCUUCCUGGAGGCCCUCUGGGCAGAAGCAUGCAGUGGUGUCUCCUCCUGAUCUGGGCCCAGGGGCUGAGGCAGGCUCCCCUCCUUGCCUCAGCAGCUGUGACAGGCAGAAUAGUAACCGCGGGGAACAUUUCUGCAGAGGAAGGUGGCUCUGUCACCUUACAAUGUCACCUCUCCUCCACCACUGCCACAGUCACUCAGGUCAACUGGGAGCAGCAGAACCAACUUCUGGCCAUUCAUCAUUCUCAAAAGGGGUGGCAUGUCGUCCCAGCCUUCAGGAAGCGACUGGUCCCUAGCCCCAACCUGGGCCUCACCCUCCGGUCGCUGACCAUGAACGACACCGGGGAGUACUUCUGCAUCUAUCACACCUUUCCUGAUGGGAUUUACAAAGGGAGAUUCUUCCUGAAGGUCCUCCAAAGUUCAGCAUCUGAGCACAGCCCUGGCUUCCAGAUGCCAUUGCUCGGAGUCUCACUGCUGGUGGCCAUCUGCAUAACAGUCAUCGUGGUGGUUGCAUUGGCUAGAAAGAAGAAACUUCUCCGAAUCCACUCUGCAGCAAGUGGCCUCAGGAGGACGCCAUCUGAGCAGGAGGAACGGGAUCCCCCUGCGCUGUCGUCCCACGGGAGCUGUGUCCAGGCAGAAGCUGUGCCUGCCAGCCUCUGCCAAGAGCAGAGGGCAGACGACUAUGCCGAGCCCCACGACUACUUCAAUGUCCUGAGUUACAGGAGCCUUGGGGGCUUCAGCUGCCCAGCAGAGACUGGUUAGCUCCCAGAGGCGUCUUCGGAGAGACACAGGCUGUGUUUGCUGUUACGGAGGGAUGGAUAGGCACUCUCCUCACUGCUGUGUGUGUGUGUGUG